AUGUUAAAAUCACUGCUCUCAUUGGGUCGCACACCAGAUUAUUUAUUCCCGAAAGUGGAACCCAAAGAAGAUGGUGAUCAGUGUUUGAAGGACUGCGCAGAUUGCACGAUUCAGUUUCCAUCGAAAGUGAAAAUCGAAACUUCAAGACCUUUAUAUGGACAGAUUAAAGAGUUUCAUUCCCAUGUUCUUGUGGCGACGGGACGAUCAGACUGGAAGGAGAAAGUCGAGCAUGAGUCCGGAUCACUAAUGGAGGCGUUUGAUCAGUCGUCCGCAAAAUCGAAACUAGGCCGUUAUAUGGUCUCUGCUUCCAAUAUCCAGCCAAAUGACCACUCAGCAGCUGAAGAUUACACAAAGCCAACAACACUGCUUAUUCUCCCAUCAUUCACAUUCGUGGACUCAGUCUCCUCAUCAAAAGUGUCAGACGUAGUACACAACUUUAUCGACAACCCCUCACCAGAAAACAAUAACGACACCACCCUUUCAACGUCCGGACUAACAUCUCGUCCCUGUGAACUGGACUAUGUCAUCUUAUUAUGCUCUCAUCGACGCCGCGACGCCCGUUGUGGUAUUACCGCUCCGCUCAUCAAACGCGAACUCGAGCGCCAUCUCCGUCCUCUAGGGCUUGAUCGCGACGCAGAUGAUACUCGACCUGGUGGUGUGGGUAUCUUCUACGUUUCGCAUGUUGGUGGACACAAGUUCUCGGCGAAUGUACUUGUUUAUCGAAAGAAGGAGCAGCAGAUGAUUUGGUUAGCGCGUGUGAGACCUGAGCAUUGUGAGGGGUUGGUUAAGUAUACGCUUCUUCAGGGGAAGGUGGUACAUCCUGAGUCGCAGCUUAGGGGUGGAUUUGAUCGGGCGAGGGGAUUGACGAGUUGGUGA